AUGGAUAGCAAAAGUAUUGGAAUUCUUGGAGGCGGCCAGCUUGGUCGUAUGAUUGUUGAAGCAGCACACCGUCUCAAUAUCAAAACAGUAAUUCUUGAUGCUCCUGAAUCGCCAGCUAAACAAAUUAACGCAUUGGAUGAACAUGUUGAUGGUUCAUUUACUGACUACUCUUCAAUCGAGAAAUUGGCUGAGAAAGUUGAUAUCCUCACUGUUGAGAUUGAACAUGUUGAUGUUGAUGCAUUGAAAAGGAUUCAGACCAAAUUCCCCAAAAUAGAAAUCUAUCCAUUACCAGAAACAAUCAAGUUGAUCCAGGACAAAUAUUUACAAAAACAGCACUUGAUACAGCAUGGUGUUGCCGUAACAGAAUCUCAAGCCGUUGCCGAGAAUAGUGCUGCAGAUUUGGAAAAGAUUGGGGAAGAAUAUGGCUACCCAUUCAUGUUGAAAUCGCGCACAUUGGCCUAUGAUGGAAGAGGCAACUUUGUUGUCAAGGACAAGUCGUAUAUCCCAAAAGCGUUGGAAUUUUUAGCGGAGCGUCCCUUGUAUGCCGAGAAAUGGUGUCCAUUCACCAUGGAAUUAGCCGUGAUGGUUGUAAGAUCAAUUGAAGGAGAAGUAUUUGCUUAUCCUACAGUGGAAACUGUACACCAGAACAAUAUCUGCCACUUGGUUUAUGCACCAGCUAGAAUCACUGACACGUUGGCUAAAAAGGCUCAGUUACUUGCACAGAAUGCAGUGAAGUCCUUCCCUGGAUGUGGUAUCUUUGGUGUUGAGAUGUUUUUGUUACCUAGUGGAGAGUUGCUCAUCAAUGAAAUCGCACCAAGACCACACAAUUCCGGACACUAUACUAUUGAUGCGUGUGUUACGUCGCAAUUUGAAGCACAUGUUAGAGCAGUCGCUGGUUUACCUAUGCCCAAAGGUUUUACUGAUUUUUCAACCUCCAUCACCAAUGCCAUUAUGUUGAAUGUGUUGGGAGACAAGGAGACCCCAAAUAAGGAGUUGGAAACUUGCCGAAGAGCAUUAGAGACACCUCAUGCAUCGGUUUACUUGUACGGCAAGACGACUCGUCCUGAAAGGAAAAUGGGACAUAUCAAUAUUGUCUCGUCAUCAAUGGGUGAUGCAGAAAAUCGGUUAUCGUACAUCAUGGGAGAGAGCAAGAAAAUACCUGAGGUUCCAGAGUCGGAAAGAGUUCAACCAUUGGUUGGAAUAAUUAUGGGUUCUGACUCGGACUUGCCAGUGAUGGCUGUUGGUGCACGUAUCUUGAAACAAUUUAAUGUACCAUUUGAAGUCACCAUUGUUAGUGCACAUCGUACACCACACCGUAUGUCGCAAUAUGCAAUUGACGCGCCAAAGCGUGGUUUGAAAUGUAUUAUUGCCGGUGCUGGAGGUGCUGCUCAUUUACCGGGAAUGGUUGCAGCAAUGACACCAUUACCUGUGAUUGGUGUGCCUGUGAAGGGUUCAACUUUGGAUGGUGUGGAUUCGUUGCAUUCGAUAGUCCAGAUGCCAAGAGGCAUACCUGUUGCCACUGUUGCCAUAAAUAACAGUACAAACGCCGCGUUAUUGGCGAUCAGGAUUCUUGGUGCAGCCGAUUCACACUGGUUGAAUGAAAUGAGCACGUAUAUGAACAACAUGGAAUCUGAGGUUUUGGGAAAGGCAGAGGUAUUGGAAGAUAUCGGGUACGAAGACUACCUUACUGAUAAGCUCAAAAAGUGA